GGCACUUACCCCCCAUUUCUUUCAGAAAAAGGACCUCUUAGAUUGAUUUACACAUCAGCAAGUAUUGUUGUUUGCAUCAGUACAUUAAAUAAUGCUACGACAAAUUACUAGCAAUUCUUUGAACAGGAGUAUCUGGUGUGGCACACGCAGUCUCCAGCUGCUGCCACAUAGACAGAAGCACUCUUUGCCUGAUCUACCAUAUGACUACAAUGCACUGGAGCCAAUAAUCAGUGCUGAAAUAAUGCAGCUCCAUCACUCCAAACAUCAUCAGACUUAUGUCAACAAUCUCAACAUUGCUGAAGAAAAACUUCAUGAUGCCAUUUCUAAAAAUGACACAACUGCCAUCAUUGGUCUUGCUGGUGCCCUCCGUUUCAAUGGUGGUGGCCACAUCAACCAUUCAAUUUUCUGGCAGAACCUUUCACCCAAUGGAGGGGAACCACAAGGAGCCUUACUGGAGGCAAUAAAGCGGGACUUUGGGAGCUUGGAGGCCAUGCAGGCGCAGCUGUCGGCGGCGGCGGUGGGCGUGCAGGGGUCGGGCUGGGGGUGGCUGGGCUACAACAAACAGAAGAAAGCCAUGCAGAUCGCUGCCUGCCCCAACCAGGAUCCGCUGGAGGCUAGCACAGGUCUGGUGCCGCUGUUCGGGAUCGACGUGUGGGAGCACGCGUACUACCUCCAGUACAAGAACGUGCGCCCGGACUACGUUAAAGCCAUCUGGAAAGUGGCCAACUGGAACGACAUCACUGCUCGAUAUGAAGCUGCGUCCAAGGCCUGAAGAGUUUGUUAUUUGACUAUGGUUUUGUUAUUACUAGCUGGUCGUUGUAAAGCGGCUUUGAUUGAAUAUUUUACGAUUUUGAAAUUUAUUUUUGGAUGUAGAUAACGGUUUUGCUAUCCCAAUCAAGAUUUACACUUAGUCUAAGAGCACUACUCAUUCAAGCCCCACUUGCUCUUACUCAUCCAUAAAUUUGCCUCUCAUCAAGAUGCCUCACUGGAGAUUGCCCUGCACAUUUUGUUAUAAUGCAACACAUAGGCCAGAGAUUACAUUGGGCAUUUUGACUAGAAUUUAAUUUUUCAAUUUUUAUUUACAUUUUCUUGUUUCAUUAGGAAACUCUUUUUGCGGUUUGUCAUCGCUCCUGUCCAUUGUAAACUUUCCGAUAAUGUACAUAAAUUGUCUUGAUGACAAAUCGUGGUGGUUUCACCUUCUAUUUGUAUUUCAAACCAAUCUUGGAAUUAGCCAGGCUUGCUGGUCUAAUUUACAAUAUUUUUCGCCAAAUUUACCUUCAAAAAUUUUUUUGAUGAAAUUUACCCACCUGCGUAUUCAUCCAAAAUGGAAAUAUCUAUUGUAUUUUUGAAUAUACGGGUAGCUCAAAAAUACGGCAAUAAUCCACUGGAGCAAAAACACUUGUAAAAUAAAACAAUACUAUGCUGAAGAUAUUAAUAUAAUUCUACAUGAAAUGAGAAAUACAAUACCAUUUUUACAUAUAAAGAAUUUAAGUGUAGUACAGACGGACAUUAUUUAUGAUGCAGCGAGCAUCUGCAUUAAAUAGGAAGCUUUUGGGAACGGCAAAGCCAUAAUGAGACAUGUACUUAGAGAGACACCACAUACGCGUUAAUUAGAUCUUCUUUUAACUGGGAUCUAUUUUCUGCUCUUGUCAAUGCAACAGCUGCUCUCGAAUAAUUAUAAAUAAUAAUCAUUAACGCAGAUACGGUGGAUUUUCGUUUAUAAAAUUCCAAUCUCUUGUUGAAUAAUUUGAUUGAGAAGUGUUGAAGUGACAAGCUGCCGAGGCAUAAAGUGCUCGUCUUAUUGCUAACUUUUGCUCGCUCUGAAGCAUGAAGCCUACCGGAAGACAAAUAUCAAUGAAAGAAAUCCGUAACGUCGAUGUCAUUAAGAUUAUGGACUAACAAAGCCUGAGUAUAUACAUUAAAAUUUCCCGCAGCGUUUAACGUUGUGCAAUAAAAUAUUCGACAUCAGUCUUGGCAUAUUUCACCGUGGCUUAGAAUAAAGACGUAAUGCCGGCC